GAUUACUUUAAACAGGAACAGGCUGUCGAGUUUGCCAAAAGGCAGUUUCUUGUUAGCUUUUUAAAGCGUACCUCUUCAUUCUGUCUGUUUCAGAAGGAGCUUCUUUGCCCAGAUAUGGGACUCUUCAUUCUACUGUUCCUCUGCAUUUUGUGCUGUAGCCAAGCUAUUGCUUUGCAAGAAGUGGAUUGCAAUGACAACGAAGUGUUCAAUGCCGUUGAUAUAGCACUGAAGGAAUACAACAGGGGUAGGAAAAAUGGACAUCUAUUUGCUCUCAAUGUGAUUCUUGAAGCCAGCAGAACAGAAGGCCCUGGCAAAAAUUUCCUUGUGAAGUAUCAAAUAAGAGAAAGCACUUGUGCCGUUGGAGAAGACAUUCCCUGGGAAAAGUGCAGCUUCAUAGCAGCCUCGGAGGGAGACUCAGGCGAGUGUUUAGCUGAAGUUCACAUUGAUGAUUCUUUAAACCUUUCCAGUGUUCAGCAGACAUGCCAAAUCAACCUAGCCCCAGGGAAGGUGGCCUCCUCCCAAGCUCCAUGCCUCGGUUGCUGGACACGCAUAAGCACCAAGGCUUCAGAGCUGCAACCAGUUGUGAAACAUGGCAUAGAGCUAUUUAACAAUGAAAGUGAUGAGAAUGCCCUUUUUGGAGUGAAAAAAAUAUUAACAGCAGAGAGUCAGGUGGUCGCUGGAUGGAAUUACAAAGUUCAGUAUUCCAUAAAAACAACAAAUUGUUCCAAGGCUGAAUUACCUCUUCUGACUCCAGAAUGCCAGGCCAUUCCUGAAGGUCGUGAGGGUAUCUGCACAAUCACUGCCUAUGUGCACUUUACAAAUGAGCUUGUGAGUGCGACGCAGGACUGCAAACUUAAAGCUGACGAAAUUGUUCCUGCUCCUGUUUGUGUUGGAUGCCCAGUAAGCAUUUCAAUUCACAAUCCAGAACUGCAGGAACCUCUAGCAGCUGCUCUGGAAAAGUAUAAUUCAGAAAGCCAGAAUGACUUCCAUUAUGCAAUCGUACAGAUAACAAAAGCAACAAGCCAGAGCAUGCCAGCCAAGGGAGCCAAGUCUGACCUGGCCUGUAGUCAUGAAAACCGCUUUCGUCCUGGUGUGUGUCCCGAUUGCAAAAUCAACAUUCCAACUGACAGUCCGAUACUUCAGAAACCUUUGGCAGCUGCUCUUGAAAAAUUUAACUUGGAUAGUGACGAUGACUUCUAUUAUAAAGUGGAAGAGAUUAUUACAGCUACAAGACAGGUUGAAUCUGGAAUUUUAUUUCGAAUUAUGUUCAUUGUUAAGAAGACAAAUUGCUCCAAGGCUAAGUUCCCAAAUUUAAAUGAAGGUUGUACUGCUACAGUAGACAGUGAACCACUUGAAUGCAAUGCUUCCAUUUAUCAAAAACCCUUGGCGUUCAAAAACAGGGUCACAGUGGAUUGCAUGGCCACAAAAUCUCUACAGUUCUUUCAGAGAAGGCCUCCAGGUUUUACCCCUUUCCGAAGUGCGGGAGUAAAAGGAUCCUCUAGACAUACACCUAAAAAAGAGUUAGCCUUUGGUCGCAAACAUGGCCAUGGCCGUGGCCAUGACCGUGGCCACCAUCAUAAAAAGACAAAGAAGGGAUCUGAGGAAUCUGAGGAAUCUGAUGAAGAUGUACGGCAAGACUUCCCCAACCAACAAUCCACUUCAAAACCAUUUCUAGAAGAGCAAGAUGUAACAAGAAAUGCAGAUGAAGACAUAUUCCCAUCCUUUGGUACCCCUGACCCCACCAUUUCCCUAUUCCAAGACAGCAAUUCAAAGCCAAUUUCUCUAUUUCAGAAACUGCCGGAGCUGCCGGAACCACCAGCUCCAAAAUGUCCAGGAAGAUCAUGGAAACCUAUUACAGCUCCCACAACCCCCCUUCAGAAAGACCUCAAUGACUUUGUACUUGGAGAUCUUCUACCUGACCUUCUUGAAGAAACAAGUGAACCCCAUGAAACAACUGCAGUCCCCCAGGAGCAAUUACAUGAAGAUUUUGAUUUAAGAGAUGCUCUGCUUGGUUGAAAAACCAAUUUAUUGUGUCUUCAAGAACCCCAAAAUCCUGCAUCAAGGGAAAUGAAAUUAUUCUUGGACUCUGGGACAGCACAGAGACAUAACAUUAAAACUGGAGUUGUGGGACUGGAAAGUUGAGCCUGGCUUCCUCCUGCCACAGCAGUGUAAUUAGCAGAGGGAGAAAUCAGAAACAGAAAUGCCUAUUUGGUCAGUCAUCACUUCUCCCCCCUCCCACUCUUCAGAUGGGCUCUCCGCUUCUUUUAUAUUUAAAGUGCAACAUGCAUUUGUAUUUAAAUGUUUAUCACCUUUUUCAAAAAUGAAAAAAGCAGAAACAAAUUUGAAGAGUUAUCAAACUGCUCCUGGUCCUGGAGCUGGGAGGGAGGGUGCUCAGGACAUCACAGCUGUCAGUCAAUCAGUAACGUGCAAGGUUAAGCCCAGACUGCAGCACAAGUUGUCCCUGCCUUAACUCUGAAAAUUGCCCAUUUGAACAGAACAAUUUUCUGUUGUUCUGCUGUUUCUGUUGUUUCUCUGCCUCCAGAGCAGCCUUGCCACUUAAAUGUUAUGUUUCUUCAUUACCUGGGUUUGUCAGUCAUUUUCUGAGAGGGUUUAAAGCAUGGUUUGGCUUCCUGCAGCUGAUUUUUUCUUAGAUAUUCGAAAUAAUUUCAUUAAAGGGGCUAGCAUCAAAACACUAAAAAAUAAAAACAAUGUAUCCAAGUCUUUCUAUUACUCUGAUGCAGUAAAACUGGUGUUGCUUUCUAAUGUGGUUGUAGCAAAUAAAAAACGAGCAUCAAAUCA